AACACGGAUCGUCGCUUAAUUAGUGGAGUAUCAUUUUUUGGUUAGCUGUGAAAUACAUAGUGGGGAAAAUGAGACUCGGGACGAGUUUGGAUAAAAGAACAUCUCGGAACGAGUUACACCUUAUUGUAUUCCUCUUUGGAAUUUCGAGACUGAUACUUGAUAUAAAUUGUGCACAAAUUCGACAUCAACGAGAAUUAAUUACGACACAAGAAACUAACGGACAUGACCAACAAAUGCAAAAUGACAAUGAGCGACGACUCUCACCCGGAAGUAGGUUUCACUUGGAAUCACUUUCUUCCAGUGAUAUGACCGCUUGGUGCAAUGAUUUGGAGGAAUCUGAGCAUAUCGACGUCCACAAAGAAAAGCUGUGCAAACCUUACUUUCACCAAAGUCUCGACCAGAAGAAACUGAUCCAUUCCGCCUGGCCCAGGCCAAAGAUUGCUUGCAACGAAGCCCAGGACGGCCUUAUCGUGAGAGGAAAUUACAUCAAAGUGACCGACUUCACCGACGUGAACAGCACCUCCGUCAAGAAUCCUUGCUCCAAGAAACUCAAAUCAAUUUCGAUUCUCGCCACGAGGAAAUUCUUUAUCGACUCAGAUCUCACAAUUUUGGGGCUUAAGCAGGUCUCAAUAAUCGCUCCGAUUUGGGACAUGCAUUUGACUCGGGAUGACCAAAUAAUGUCAGGAUUCCAUUUCAAGUUUGAUGGGGAAGACGGGAUUCCUUGGCCAGCGAAGGUGAAUCGACCCUCAACUUCAAUACUGUUUGGGUUCAAGGGAGAGGAUGGUUAUGCUGGAAGGCCUGGUAAUCCGGGAGCAUAUUUUGUCGGCGUGGUGGGACACUGGGAACAAUCCGGCGGCGAACAUGUCAGUCCACUUCCUCUCUACAUUUCUGUCAACGGAGGCAACGGAUCACACGGACAGCAAGGCGAGAAAGGAGGCGAAGGCAAGAAGGGGGACGAUGCGACUGACAAAACACUUCAGGAUGUGGAGAAAGCUUCCAUCGUGGCGAGUCAUUGUUGGGACAACAAUCACAACGUUCCUUCGUGCACGAAUAGAGGAACUUUGGGACACGAUGGAACAAAGGGUGGAAAUGGUGGGAACGGUGGCGUAGGGGGCAAAGGAGGAUUUCCGGGUGAUGUAGUAAUUCACACAGUUUCACCCUCACCAAAAGACCCAGAAGUCAUUGUUUCGAUGCAGAAAGGUUCCACUGGGGAUCCAGGCUGGGCUGGCGAAGCCGGUCUGGGCGGACUUCAAGGGGAUCGCGUCGAGUGCGAGAAUGACGGGAGGAGUUGGGUCAACUGUGUAAACUACGGAGUCUACACGCGACAACCCGACGGUUCCAAGGGGACGUGGAACGUAUCAACCACGAACCAACAAGAGCCAGCCCAUACUGAACAAAUCAUCGAGGGCUACAGACUUUUAGGCGAUUGGAAAGCAGAUGCGUUUCUCCAACUGCCCGAACCAGACAUUGACAUCAACUGUGACGUCUUGACCGAUUGGUUUUACCGCAGUGGGAAAGCAUAUGCCUACGAGUUGGUUGGAUAUCAGAAAAAGAUAUUGAAUUUACAAGACAGUACUGAAAACCAAAACGCCCGAAUUGAAUCCGUCCUCACCUCAUUUGCCUCUCGGCUUGAAGCCUUUGCAAAUUACACCAGCACCAAAAACGCCUCAAAUCCCUCGUGGGUCAAGGAAGAGAAGAAAGUCCUCGCGACCCUGUACUCCUCCACACUCUCCACUAUUUCUCGUCUCCGUGAAACCGACAUGGUGUUCGACCUCGCCCGAUACGCCGGCGUCAUCACGACCACGCUCAACGAACUCGAGGAGAAAAAGGUCGUAGAGAAGAGUCGAGCCGCGAUGAGUUCGACCUUCAAACAAAAGAUCUCCCAAGCCCUCUCCUUCAUCUCGGACACCGUUGGACCUGUCUUGCUCUCCGUGCGGACCGAGCUCAAACACAACACCGACUUUCUCCUCAGUUCCAUCAUCAACGCGGAAGAGGACGCGAAAGACGAGGUGGAAAAGGCCAAGAAACGACUCCAAAAAAUGAAGGAUUCGAUGCCUUUCGAUAAGUUUUUGACAGGUUUAAAAUUCGCUGAACAAGUUGCGUCCUUUUUAGAGCCACAGGGCACCCUGGCAGGACCAGCCAUCAAAACUUUCGCCGCUGUCUCGAAACAAUUCAGAGAUGGGCUCGAUAAUUAUAACGCUUUGGCGAAAGAGCAUAAAACCCUGGAAAAGUUGGGCAGCGAAGUGGAAAAGGCACAAGAGGCCGUCAAAAAUUUAAGAGUAUACAAAUCCUCCAUCAACAGCGAUAUGAUCCCCAUCAUGGCGAAAAUGAAUGACGAAAUGGCCCAACUUUACAACAAUUUGGCGCAAGAUAAGGACAAAUCUGAAGUUUCUCUGCGUGUCACGCAGCGGAAAGUGCAGGGAAGUUUGCGCGAUUAUAAGAAUCGUAUUAAGCAAUUUACCAAAGAUCAAGCAAUGGAGGAAAGCAUUCUCACCUGCGUGGACAAACUCGACCAGACCAUGACCCAUCUCAUCGACUUGUAUAUUUUAAUCAAAAAGUAUGAAGAUCAAAGUAAGUUUAUGGAUUAUAUCACGACCAUAAAUUCGGACGACGUUAUGGAUAUUACCGACUUGGAGACUGCUUCUUGGAUCAAUUUGGUCGCCCAAGCGAGCAAAUCCAACCUGCUAAUCGAGCAGUAUGAUAAGUUCAUGACCUCCUUUAAACAAUGGGUCUUCCCCUUUGCGAACAAAUACUUGGCCAAGUUCACCCUCCCGGAAAGUUUGCAAUUGACGGAUAAGAAUUCCAGCUUUCUCGUGUCGAAAUUAAGCGAAAAAAUCUCCAUUUUGAAACAAGACUUGGCCAUCGUUAAGGAAGAUGUAAAUUUCAUUACAAUGGAAUUUGACCCCAAGUUUACUUCUGGGCAAGCCUUUUACGUUUGGGAAAAUGAUGAGUGGAGCGCCGAGAUACGAAAUUUUCUCAAAGGAGCACCCAUCACAUUGACAGCGAACAGUGAAUAUGGGGUCAAGAAAGGGUUUGCUGCUGUAAAGUUUGUCAUUGCGGAGAUCAGCUUGAGAUCCAAGGUAAAAAGAGAGCAGGGAAAACUGGACGACUUGUUGAAGCACUUCAAAGUAGAAAUGGUCCACUCGGGAGUUUCGAGGUAUCAAUUUGGGGGAGAGAGCUAUCAAAUUCCGGGACCGAAUAUAACGAUAGCCUACCAUUUCGAGAGAGAUCCCGACACUCACUUGCGACUGGGGAGGAACGAGGUUUAUAAAAAGUUUGCGGCUGGUGACUCCAUAAUGAGUCCGUACACUUUGUGGACCUUUCAGCUCUUUUUGGCCAGUGACACCGCGUCCUUUUCGGAUCUGGAGGUGUAUGCAGACUACGUGGAUUUGGAGUUGGUCGGAAGUGGGGUUUACGUCGAUGAGGCGAAUUAUCUGAGCAAAGGGGGUGUGAUUGGGGAUUUGCAUCUGGAGAAAUAUUAUGCAAGGGAGUACUCUAGCACUUCGUCGAGGUAGAAGAGAUAAACACGUUUAGGUAAAUAUGCACGUAUGUUAAAUUCCGACUUUAAUCAUUUUGAUUUUAUUGAUGAACUAAAUUAAGUUAAAUUACUUAAUAACUGUUGUCUUGGUUGAAUUUAUUCUACGAUUGUGACUCUUACAAAUGAAAUUUAACGAAUAAAUACAUUUUUAUGAAACCACA